UUAGCAAUGCUUUAAUAAAUUUCAUCAACCUCUUAAUGUAGCAAUUCUCUCUCUAUCUUCUCCUCUGCUUCCGGAAGAAGAGAGAACAGAGAAACAGGGAAGAAAAACAAACAAAAGCAAAAAUCAUAAUGUUAUGUUUAAGAUCAAAUCCUUAUGCAUUGUUUCUUCUUUUCCUUUUCUCUUUGUUUCUUUUCAAACAUGAAGUAGUUUCUGAAGCCUCAAAUGUCCAAACUUCACACAUCCCAGGGUAUUAUAAAAUUUUUGUCUUUGGGGAGAGAGAGCACAUUGAAGUGCUACCAUGGAGGAAGAUAGAAAGGAGUAACCUUGCAGAGGGAAGUGAAGGAGAUAACUCGUCUUUGAUUUUGGCUGAAAAGAGAACCCACAGGAGGGACCCUCUUGAUCAUUUUAAGAAGUACACUGGUGGCUGGAAUAUCAGAAAUGAACACUAUUGGGCUUCUGCAGGUUUUACAGCAGCUAUUUUCUUUGCAAUUGCUGCAAUCUGGUUUGCGAUAUUUGCACUAUGCUUGUUCAUCAUAUGUAUCCGUCAUUGUUGUUGUCAACUAGAUUCUUAUGGCUACUCUCGGACAGCUUAUGCACUAUCUCUUAUUUUCCUCAUACUCUUCACCAUUGCUGCAAUUGUAGGGUGUGUUGUGCUCUAUACCGGUCAGGGAAAAUUUCAUAGCAGUACAACAAACACACUGGAUUAUGCUGUUCAUAAGGCAGAUGUUACUGCUGAAAACCUCAGGAAUGUCUCAGAUUAUCUUUCUGCAGCUAAAAAAAUUAGCGUGGAUUCAGUUUUUCUGUCAGCAGAUGUUCAAAAAGACAUUGAUGAUAUUGAAAAGAAGAUCAACUCUUCUGCUUCAACUCUUUCCAGUCAAACAGGCGAUAAUAAAGACGACAUUCAACAUGGCUUGGACGGCAUGAGAUUGGCUCUUAUCGUUGUUGCUGCUGUGAUGCUCUUUUUGGCAUUUCUUGGAUUCUUAUUCUCCAUUCUUGGAUUGCAGUGCCUGGUGUACACGCUGGUGAUCUUUGGGUGGAUUCUUGUUGCUGGCACAUUUAUUUUGUGUGGAGUAUUUCAUCUCCUCCACAAUGUGGUUGGAGAUGCAUGUGUUGCCAUGGAUGAAUGGGUCCAGAAUCCCACUGCCCAUACGGCAUUAGAUGACAUUCUGCCAUGUGUGGACAAUGCAACAGCCCAAGAGACCUUGUUACGAACCAAGAAUGUGAGUUACCAACUUGUAAAUGUCGUGAAUGGUGUCAUCAAUAAUGCUGCCAACAAAAAUUUCCUGCCAGCAUUGGCACCUUUAUAUUACAAUCAAUCUGGUCCAUUGGUGCCAGUUCUCUGCAACCCAUUUCAUUCUGAUCUCACCGAGCGGCAGUGUGCUUCUGGUGAAGUUGGCUUGGACAAUUCCUCAGAGGUUUGGAAGAACUAUACCUGUCAGGUUUCAUCCUCUGGGAUAUGUACUACACGUGGGCGGCUGACCCCUCAAUUUUAUACUCAGAUGUCAGCUUCAGUGAAUGUCACUUAUGCUUUGUAUCACUAUGGUCCAUUCCUGGCUAAUUUACAAGACUGCACUUUCGUGCGCGAUACAUUCACUGAUAUCAGUCAUAAUUAUUGUCCUGGUCUGCAGCGCUAUAGUCAAUGGAUCUACAUUGGAUUAGUAAUUGUAUCGGCUGCUGUGAUGCUGUCAUUGAUCUUCUGGGUAAUCUAUGCAAGAGAAAGAAGGCACCGUGUUUAUACUAAACAGUAUGAUGCUAGAUCCGAAGGCACAUACAAGGGUCAAUAGGACUCAAAGCCUGAUUAGCUGGUUGUUAAUUUGCUUGUAUAUUUUGACAAACAUACAUUGCAAAUUUUUGUACAUUAUGCUUGUUAUCCUUAGGCUUGAAUCUUGUGCGGUGCAGUCUAUAUGGCCAUGCACAAAGAUAAAUUAGCGUUUGGACUUUGGAAGCCUCUCUUGGGAGGAAUGACUUUCUUUUCCUUGUUCAUUUUCUCUAAGCAUGAUGCACCUCUUUCUCUUCUAACAAUCAAGUCUUAAUAAUUUGAUGUCUUAUAAUUCAAUUAAAAAAUUUGGGCCGGUUCUCAGGUUGCCUAGGGCCAGGAGGAAGCAUCUUUCCUUGUAGUAUCUGCGAGUGUUGGAUAUUCCUGAUGUUUGGAGAGGAGUGUUUGAUUGUAACAAUUCAAGAAUCUGGAAUUGUAAGUUGUCACUUUCAUUUGCAACUUUGAUUUUGUUCAUAAAAUUUAAAGAUUUCAUGAUGCAAAAGUUAGUGCCAUAAAUUCAAAAAUUAUUUUAUUUGUUUUCACAUAGAGGUAUUUCACAGUACGCAGAAGAAGAUAAUUGAGAAAAAAAAUCACAAUUUUAUGUGAGGGCUAAAAUC